CGUGUAGAUUUGGCGCCACAUUUCCAACAAGGAACAGAGGUCCGCUGUGAAAGAGCUCCGUAUUUGACAGCAAACCAAAAUAAGCCGCUGUUCAUGCCACUUUAGCGAUAUUUCACCGGGUUUUGUUUCGUCUUAGAAGUGUUAAACCGACGUUUUUUGAGAAUGUUCAUCAGCGACAUAAGAAGGGAAUUCUAUGACGUAGUUGCCAACCAGAGAGUUGCCCUCCUGGUGGCAUCAGACAUCGACGCUCUCUGCGCCUGUAAGAUACUGCAGGCACUUUUCCACUGUGACCAGAUCCAGUACACACUUGUCCCAGUUACAGGCUGGCAGGAUCUUGGCACUGCCUUCCUUGAACACAAAGAGCAGUUCCGGUACUUUGUUCUCAUCAACUGCGGGGCAAAUGUUGACCUUCUUGAGAUGCUACAGCCAGAUGAUGACUCCAUCUUCUUCAUCUGUGACACUCAUCGGCCCAUAGAUGUGGUCAAUGUCUACAAUGACAGCCAGAUAAAGCUACUUAUCAAACAGGAUGAUGACCUUGGUGUGCCCUCAUAUGACGAUAUCUUUCGAGAUGAUGAAGAUGAUGAGGAAGGAGGUGACUCUGGAAAUGAGAGUGAUGAAGGCUCAGAACCAUCUGGGAAACGGAGGAGAUAUGAUGAAGGGGCAGUUGAGAGAAGGAUUGACAGACAGCGAGCGAAGCGCGAGUGGGAGGCACGAAGGAGGGAAAUCUUGUUUGACUAUGAGCAGUAUGAAUAUCAUGGGACCUCUGCUGCAAUGAUGUUUUUUGAACUGGCGUGGGUGUUGACUAAAGACACCAAGGACAUGCUCUGGUGGGCUGUCAUUGGGCUGACAGACCAGUGGGUUCACGAUAAAAUUACACAUAUGAAAUAUGUGACAGACAUCGCUACAAUGCAGCGGCACGUUUCCCGGCAUAACCACCGAAAUGAGGAUGAGGAGAAUUCCCUCUCUAUCGACUGUAUGAGGAUUUCCUUUGAAUACGACCUCCGUCUAACCCUCUACCAGCACUGGUCCCUGUAUGAGAGCAUCUGUAAUUCCUGUUACACAUCGUGCAGCUUUAAGCUUUGGACGUUAAAUGGCCAAAAGAAACUCCAGGAGUUCCUGGCUGACAUGGGGCUGCCUCUGAAGCAAGUGAGACAGAAAUUCCACUCCAUGGACAUGUCAAUCAAAGAGAACCUAAGGGACGUCAUUGAGGAAUCCUCCAAUAAAUACGGUAUGAAGGACAUCCGCAUCCAGACAUUUGGCGUGCACUUCGGCUUUAAGAACCGCUUCCUGGCCAGUGACAUGGUGCAUGCUACUGCUGCCUUGCUGGAGAGCACUGAGAAAGAUGAGAGUGACAGUGACAACUUCAUCAAGGCUCUGGACUCUCUUUCCAGGAGUAACCUUGAGCGUCUACAUACCGGCAUUGACCUGGCUAAGAAGAAGCUGAUAGCUGUCCAGCAGACAGUUGCUAGCUGCAUCUGUACCAACCUGAUCCUGUCACAGGGACCCUUCCUCUACUGCUACCUCAUGGAGGGAACUCCUGAUGUGAAGCUCUUUUCUAAGCCCAUGGCCUUGACUCUUCUCUGCAAGUACCUUCUGAAGGCUUUUGUCCAUUCUACGAGGAAUAAGCGCUGCAAACUGCUUCCACUCAUCAUGGCUGCUCCCAAGGAUGUGGAGAAGGGAACUGUCAUUGUUGUUGGAAUCCCACCUGAGUCUGAAACAUCGGACAAGAAGAAUUUCUUUGGUCGAGCCUUUGAGAAAGCUGCAGAGAGCACCAGCUCCAGAACUCUUCAUGACCACUUCGACACUUCAAUCAUAGAGCUGAAGACGGAAGACAGGAGCAAGUUUCUGGAUGCACUCAUCACCCUCUUGUCAUGAGAAGACGUGUCAACAUGCCUUAUGAAACUGAGUUCUUUGUUUGAGUCUCGAAUGGCGUAUGUUAGAUGUGACUGAAAUGAAUGAAUCUCACCAGACGUGCAGUGUCACCAACAGAAGAUCUGUGUGUGUUUUAAAUGUUUUUAUCAUUUUGUGUGUAUAUUGUACAGUCUUUUUGUAAAUGUGUGGAAGUCUUACUUUUUACUUUUCAAUUCUUGUAAUGUGUGUCUUUUAUUCCUGUCUUUGUAUGUGAGUGCUUCUUCACAUUUUUAAACAUGUUUAAUAAAUCAUAGUACAUUUCUAAAAAUG